AAGAUCUAAGCAUAGAAGUGUUUAAUGUAAUGAAGAAAUGCAUGACUGCCUUCAUUGAUAACAGUGACAUACAACUUAUCUGCUGUGGUGCAAUAGUGUAUAUUUCAGAUAACAAUGAGGCUUGCAGAGAUUGUUUAGUGCAAAACGGUGCAGUGAAACUUGCAAUAAACGCAAUAAAAACGCAUACCACAGUAGAGAAACUGGUAGAUGUGGGUUUGAUGGCUUUAGAUACAUUAUUAGUAAAAAUACCAGAACAUGUUGAGUAUGGUGUAAAAGAACACAUGCUUUUGCAGAUAAUGGAAGUCAUCCGGUUGUAUCCAGACAAUACAGAAAUACAGAUUCAUGGAUGCAACAUUGUUUCAAAGUUACAAAAAGAGCAUAAAGAAAUAUUUUGCAAUGGUGAAGCACAAGAUACAUGCGACCAUCUCGUUCGUUUGCUAAAAAGGAGAAGAUCAAACGGUGAACUUCAAGCUGCAGCAGUUGAAGCUUUAAAAUGUUUAUUACCAGGGGAGCCAGAAUAUGUACAAAAUACCAAAGAACAAUUAACAUUUCUAACUAAUUGCUGGUUCAGUGACUAUAAUGCAGUCAGUUCAUGAUGAUCCUUUACAGAAAUGAGCUAGAAUAUGUACAAAAUACCAAGGAACAAUUAACAUGUCUAACCAAUUACUGGUCCAAUGACAGCAAUGCAGUUAUAUCAGUCAAUCAUGAUAUUUUUUUCAGAAAUGUCGUCGUUAAUGAUCAUCAUGUUUGAUCACCACACUUCCUUAGAUCACAGUGUUGCGAGAUAAGUAUUACAUCGGUUGAUGCAAUAAAUAUCAAAGGAACCAGUCACCCGUGUAUAUACGUUGUUGCAUCAAAUCUGAUUAGAAAAACUCAUCAAAGAUAGAAAGCAUACAUUUGGACGACUGUUAUUGCAAUAACGGUUAGCCGUCCGCUUUGACUUUAACAUGACGAUCUACUCUGCUUUACAUCAUUUUUAUAUGAAACAUUGUAUUUGUAAAAUGUAUUAUAAGAACAGGGUUAAAUAUUUUGUAAUACUUGAAAAUGAUUGUAUUUCGCUUUAUAACAAUCUUUAAUAAACCAUUAUGUCUGGUUAACGUUAAUCUUGAUAACAGACCAUCUACGCAAACAAUGUUACUGUAUGUUAUUAGUAAUCACAGAAAACAACUUCUAUCUCAGCUUUUGAUAAUUAAAUUGAUCCAAUGCAUCUAAAUACUAUGUCAUGGCAACGGUCUCU